GCACGCUGAAAGAGCUUCGAAUCCAACGUCGUCGUUGUUCCAACGGUUAAACCCUCUGAUCGUGGGGUUUUAGGCUUUGCUCAAGUAUCAGUUACUUCAGUUCUCUGCUGCAAAAACCCUAGUUUUCCGGCAUUUGAGUGUCUCCCUAUUUUGAUUUCUGUUGUAGUUUUUUGUUUUAUAUUUUCUCGAUCCUCAUAAUCGUCAAUUAUGUCUCAAAACAAUCUUCAAUCUGAUUUCACGCAAAACUCUAGAGUGACAUGGGAAGGUUGCAGCGUCUUGCUCGACAUCAACGACGGCGACCGUCUUGUUUUUGCUCGUCUCACAUCAGGCUCCACUUUGAAAAUUGGCAACAAGAAUUUCUCUUUGCGGCCUUUAAUCGGUUGCCCCUUCGGUUCUUUGUUUCAAACUGAAAACGGAAAGGAAGGACCUUGUUUAUCUCGUUUUGUUCCCUCCACAGAAGGAAAUAAUGCUGAAGAAAGAGGUGAUUGUGAAAUAAUUAAUGAAUCCAGGGACAAUCGAGCCAUAAUUGACAAUAAUAAAGCCCAAAGCCUAACUGGCGAAGAUAUAGAUGCAAUGCGGAGACAGGGUGCAAAAGGUGAUGAGAUAGUUGAAGCUCUUAUUGCCAACAGUGCUACAUUUGAAAAGAAAACUUUGUUCUCACAAGAGAAAUAUAGGCUUAAGAAACAAAAGAAGUAUGCACCGAGAGUACUUCUAAGGCGACCCUUCACUCGAAGCAUAUGCGAGGCAUACUUCAAGAAGUAUCCUGCUAGAAUUGGGUUCCUGCGAGUAGAUGCAUUGUCUCUUCUGCUUUCAAUGGCUAAUGCUACUGCCCACUCUGAUGUCCUGGUAGUGGAUAUGGUAGGUGGCCUUCUUACUGGUGCUGUAGCUGAGCGUUUAGGAGGUACAGGUUAUGUGUGCAAUACAUAUCUUGGAGGUACACCACAUCCGAUGGAUAUAGUAAGAAUGUUCAACUUCAACAAUGAUACUUGCAAAAGGAUUGUGCGGGCACCUCUGAAUGACCUCUGUUUAGCUCAAAGUGAAACUUCUAAGCAAAUUGGUCUGCAUGAAGAUGCUCCUGCUGUGGAGUCAAAUGGUCCAACUUCAUCAAUUAACAUGGAGGAAGUAUCCAAGUCAUCUGAGAAUGAUGUUGCGGAUCUAGAUCGUGACACAAAUGUUUCUCCCACAAGCAAAAUGAACAAAGCCCCUAAAGCUGGCGAAGGUGCGCCACAAGAAGCCUUGAAAUUGUGGAGAGAAAAUGGUUUUUCAAGCCUAAUAAUUGCAGCUCCAGAUCUAGAUCCUUGGAGCUUAGUCAAAGACCUCCUGCCACUUUUAUCGUAUUCAGCUCCAUUUGCUAUCUACCACCAGUAUCUUCAGCCUCUUGCAACUUGCAUGCAUAAUCUACAGCUUGGGAAAAUGGCAAUUGGUUUGCAAAUUUCAGAACCUUGGCUACGUGAAUAUCAGGUUCUUCCUUCACAAUAUAGGUUCUUCCUUCGAGAACUCAUCCAUUCAUGCAAAUGAGUGCAUUUGGAGGUUACAUACUAAGUGGGACAAGGAUAUGUAGCAGCUAAUCCGUACUUUCAAAAGAAUAAAAGGAUAACAAAUCCUCAUUCAUGGAAGUGGUCUCUUCUUCAGGAAGCAAAGCAGCUGCCCACCAAAAUGUAUACUAGAUUUUCGUUAACAUUUUAUAUUGUUUGCAUAUUUAUGCCAUUCCAUAAUUUGGGAACUUGCAACGCUGCGAAUUAAUUUUUUCCAUGGCAGGGUUGCAAUUAGCUAUUUUACUUGAUUUGGUGUGACAGUUUUCGGAUUGCUCGGACUAUAGUAAUUGCCAACGUUGUUUUCAUCUUGCGGGGAAUGGAUGCCGGUUAUGUUUGGCAUACCAUAAUGUAAUGUAGCAGAGUUAAUUUCUAUGGAGAUUUAAUAGAAAAUUUAAUCGAAUUCUAUUGCA